AUGGAUGCUGUUACUGCUCCUGUUCUCGGUGCAGGGCCGCCAGAAGGACUCAGAUACCUGAUGGCGCAGGUAGAGGAGCAGACUUGACUCAAGCCCCGACAAGUUACACAAAGACUCCUUCUUGGCAUUUCCACUACUGGGAAAGGAAGGGGAUUUCUCCAAGUGUUGGUCUUCUGUUGCUUCUGCCUGCUGCUUGCAAAUACGAAUGCAAAAGGGUAGUCUGUUAACUCUCAUUUCCUUCACUUUUUGAAGGCUCAAAAUGGAAAGUAUUUAUUGACCAAAUUAACAGGGCUCUGGAGAAUUAUGAACCAUGUUCAAGUCAAAACUGCAGCUGCUAUCAAGGCGUCAUAGAAGAGGAUCUGACUCCUUUCCGAGGUGGAAUCUCCAGGAAGAUGAUGGCCGAGGUGGUCAGACGGAAGCUAGGAACCCACUACCAGAUCAUUAAGAACAGAUUAUUCAGGGAAGAUGACUGCAUGUUUCCCUCCAGAUGUAGUGGCGUGGAACACUUUAUUUUGGAAGUGAUCCCUCGCCUCCCUGACAUGGAAAUGGUAAUCAAUGUCCGAGAUUAUCCUCAGGUUCCUAAAUGGAUGGAGCCUACCAUCCCUGUCUUCUCCUUCAGUAAGACAUCAGAGUACCAUGACAUCAUGUAUCCUGCGUGGACAUUUUGGGAAGGGGGUCCUGCUGUGUGGCCGCUUUAUCCUACAGGUCUUGGACGGUGGGACCUCUUCAGAGAAGAUCUGUUAAGGUCAGCAGCGCAAUGGCCAUGGGAAAAGAAAAAUUCUACAGCAUAUUUCCGAGGAUCAAGGACAAGCCAAGAAAGAGAUCCUCUCAUUCUCCUAUCUCGGAAAAAUCCAAAACUCGUCGAUGCAGAAUACACCAAAAACCAGGCCUGGAAGUCUAUGAAAGACACUUUGGGAAAGCCAGCUGCUAAGGAUGUGCACCUUAUAGAUCACUGCAAAUACAAAUACCUAUUUAAUUUUCGAGGUGUAGCUGCAAGUUUCCGGUUCAAACACCUCUUCUUGUGUGGAUCACUGGUCUUCCAUGUUGGUGACGAGUGGGUUGAGUUCUUCUACCCACAACUAAAGCCAUGGGUUCACUACAUUCCAGUCAAGACAGACCUCUCCAAUGUCCAGGAGCUGUUACAGUUUGUAAAAGCAAAUGAUGAUAUCGCUCAGGAAAUUGCUAAAAGGGGAAGCCAGUUCAUCAUAAACCAUUUGCACAUGGAUGACAUCACCUGUUACUGGGAGAACCUCUUGACUGAAUAUUCCAAAUUUCUAUCCUAUAAUGUAACAAGAAGAAAAGAUUAUUAUCAGAUCAUGCCUAGACGUUUGAAAACUGAACUGUAGUAUAUCCAUCACGGGACCAGAAUCCUGACAGUGGAUCUGAGAUGCUCUGUGGUGAAAUACCAUGAUCAUGACACCAUACCUUGAACACCUUUGAGCAAGCAAAACAUCCAGUUUUCCUUAUCAUGUUGAAUCUGGAGGGACGCUUGAGAAAGAUCUAGUAUGUGAGCAGAAAUGAAACAGCUCAGCUCUUUGAAAUCAUGAAAUAAGGAUUUGGAACUGCAUUCUAACUUUCAUUUUCUUAUGCUCAAUCACAGCUUGUGCCUCAGGUCAUCUACAUGUAUCAUCACUGUGAAAUUGACUGGGUCCAUGUGAAGAUGCUCUUUGUCCUAUUAUUUGGAGCAGACCAUCCAUCGUUUGGAACUAGUACAAUACACUAGCAACUCUGGAGUUAUUUUAGGCUUGAUCUCUGUUGCUUUAUUUUAAUGUAGAAAUCCUUUGGAGUGUGUGAAAAGUACCAGAGCGAUCACUUCCUCCAGAGUCUAUGCCUGUGCUCCCUUUUCUAAAUGCAUAAAUUCCCUGGCACUCAGGAGGUUUCCAUAAUGCCUCAGUUGCAUGAGUAACUUCUGUACUUGGAUUUCAAAUUCCCAUUUUGUGCCUUCAUGCCCUUUUUAUUCUCUCUAAAGGAGAUGAAGAGAAAUUUCAGGAAGCAGCUUCAUUAAAGACCUAUGCCCCGAGCACUUGUGAAGCAGAGGCAGGGAGAUGAGUUUGCGGCCAUCCUCAGCUACACAGGAGUUCAAGGAGCCUGGCUACAUGAGCUCCUGGCUCAUAAACACAAACUCACCUUUUCCACAUCUUUUAUUUUGCCAUCUUAAAUUAGUAGCAGCAGGACCACCUCACUUUGCAGAGACUCCAAUCUUCAUAUGUGAACACAUCAUGAAGUGGCAGUUUAUAGAGCAUUUAGCUUUUGCUUUUACUCCGAUAUGAAGUAUUAUUGGAGUACUUCCUAUUCCACUUCUGAAAAAAAGAUGUAAGGCCGGUGUAUUUCUGUUAGAGCUCCAGUGUUACCUCUGAGCCUCAUUCUUGGCAUUGGUGGCCCGUGCCUGUGUUGUGUGCCAUUGUGCUGCUUUGUAGUUACUUGGCUGUUUCCCAGUUGUUUUGUAAGCUUACUGAUGGAUGAGAAUGUCUCACUGCUCUUGAUGUCUCCAUUGUCAGCACAGUGCCUCUUGCAGAAUCAUUACUGAACAAUUACUGGGGGGAUGAGUGAGUGGGGAAUGAAUGGAUACACUCGCCUGGCUUAACUGAAUUCUAUUUUUAAAUUGCCUGGUUACUUGCUCCAGUGGGGAUAAGAUACAUUGUAAGACAUGGGUCAAUACAGAUCAUCACCUGUU